UGUAUUUGAUAUCAAGUCUAAGAAAGAGAAAACGAAGACCAGAAGUAAAGAUAUUCUCAUUAGUUUUAACAUUGGACCCAAUGGACUUUAGUGCAAACACUAUUUUCCUGUGCUAUGAAUCAUAAUUGUUGACAAUUCAGAUGCUCUCAGACGUUGGGUUUCACUUAAAAAUAAACUGUUGACUUGUUUACAACCUGACUUUGAUGUAGCUUCUGUCAAAUACUUUGCUGUUAACCGCUCUCAUACGAAAGAUUGACCUUAUUACAUUAGCAAAGUGGCUGCUCGUCAGAUUUAGACUCAGGAGUCUUUGGUUCUGGAUCUUGCUUUUAAACUUUAUUUAUUAUUAAACUGUAUUUUUAAAAAACUGUUGAAAGAAAACAAAUAAGGACCACAUUUUCUAUUUCUUCCCGGACUAUUUCUCGUUCAUCUCGUCUCAAUAAAUGACUUUUCACUCCUCUCUUCUUGUCUCUGCAGCGGAUUCUCUUCACUCAAACAUGUCCGUGGACGGCCAGGUCCCAUCGCCCACCUCCCCGGGGCUCCCUCACCUUCGCUGCAACCGCCGGGCCAGCGAAGCCAGCCUGGCCAGCCAGGUGUCGGGCUUAGCCGACUCUUACACCGCCUCCAACAUCGCCACGACCGGCCUCACUAAGAGGCCCGGCCCGCUGUCCCAGCUGGCUCUGCCCUACAAUAGGCUGGCCUCUCGGAGCUCGUCGCUGCGCUCACCAAAGACAAUCCGUCGGGUGUUCCCCAAACGCAACGGCGGGGAGUCCGAGCAGGGCCGGGACGUUAGCUUGACCUUCGAUCUCGGGUCUGACAUCACAGACUUCAGCUCGGCCCCCAGGCUGGUGAAGAACAUGGAGCAAGUUGCUUCUCGGUGGUGGGGCAGUAAGAGGAUGGACUACGCCCUGUACUGCCCCGACGCCCUGACGGCGUUUCCCACGGUGGCUCUGCCUCAUCUCUUCCACGCCUCCUACUGGGAGUCGACAGACGUCGUCUCCUUCUUACUCAGACAGGUGAUGAGACAUGAGAACUCCAGUAUUUUGGAGCUGGAUGGCAAAGAAGUGUCUGAAUUCACUCCGUCCAAACCUCGAGAGAAGUGGCUCCGCAAGAGAACUCAUGUUAAAAUCAGGAACGUGACGGCGAACCACCGAGUGAACGACGCCGUGUUCACGGAGGACGGAGCCCAGAUGGUGACGGGACGCUUCAUGUACGGACCCCUGGACAUGGUCACCCUCACUGGGGAGAAGAUCGACAUCCACAUCAUGACGCAGCCUCCCUCUGGAGAGUGGGUGUUCUUCCACACGGAGCUCACCAACAGCAGCGGACGGGUGUCUUAUCUCAUCCCCGAGGGCAAGAAGCUGGGGAUCGGGGUCUAUCCGGUCAAAAUGGUGGUCAUGGGCGACCACACGGUGGCAGACAGCUACCUCUCCAUCGUACCACGGGGAACAGAGUUCGUCGUCUUCAGUAUCGACGGGUCGUUUGCCGCCAGCGUGUCGAUAAUGGGAAGCGAUCCAAAGGUUCGGGCUGGAGCUGUGGAUGUGGUGAGGCCCACAUGAGGAUCUUUGCCGCCUACGGCUCCACCAAGGACAUCUCUGUGUACUCGACCAUCGGCCUGCCUCCCUCACAUAUCUACAUCGU